ACUCCCCGGCUUUGCCCUGCCCAUGUUUUGUAUGUCUGUGUCCAUCCAUCUCCUGACGUUCAAGUUCGCAGGACGUCACGUCCGCACUUGAACUUGCAGCUCAGGGGGGCUUUUGCCAUUUUUUCAUCUCUCUCUUUUCAAAAAAGCCAUGACGGCUAUCCCACAAUCCAUCGUCUCUGCGCCAUCUUUGUAUUAUUUCUAAUUUAUUUUGGAUGUCAAAGGCAUUGAUGAAGAUAUUUUCUCUGGAGUCUCCCUUCUAACCCGGCUCUCCCGAUGUGAACCGAGCUGAAAGCCACCACCAACCACCAUGUCUCGCCGCAAGCAAGGCAAGCCCCAGCACUUAAGCAAACGGGAGUUUUCGCCCGAGCCCCUGACAGCCAUUCUCCCAGAGGAGCAGCAGGAGCACCGAACGCUGGUGGCUCCGGAAGGGGACCAGGACCUCCUCACUUGUGGCCAGUGUCAGAUGAACUUCCCUCUCGGGGAUAUCCUUGUUUUUAUUGAGCACAAAAGGAGGCAAUGCAAUGGCAGUCUGUGCCCGGACAAGGCUGUGGAUAAGCCGCCCUCUCCCUCGCCCUUGCCCUUGCGUGGCGAACUGCGGAGGGUCUCCAACCCCGUGGAGGUGGGCGUCCAGGUCACGCCGGAGGAUGACGACUGCUUGUCGACAUCCUCCCGAGGAAUCUGCCCCAAGCAAGAAAACGUAACAGGUAAAGAUGAGCCCAGCAGCUACACUUGCACAACCUGCAAACAGCCAUUCAGCAGCGCGUGGUUCCUGCUGCAGCACGCCCAGAACACCCACGGCUUCCGGAUCUACCUGGAGAGCGAGCACGGCAGCCCCCUGACGCCGCGAGUGGCCGGCCCGCUGGGCAUGGGCGCCGACUGCGCCUCCCAGCCCCCCCUGCACGGCCUCCACCUGGCCGACGGCAGCCCCUUCAACCUGCUGCGGAUACCGGGCUCGGCGUCGGGGCGGGAGGCCCCGCCCCUGCGGGAGGGCCGCUACCCGGCCACGCCACCGCUCUUCAGCCCGCCGCCGCGCCACCACCUGGACCCGCACCGCAUGGAGCACCUGAGCCCGGAGGACCUGGCGCUGGCCUCCCACCACCCGAGUGCCUUCGACAGGGUGCUGCGUCUCAACCCCAUGCCCCUGGAGCCCCCAGCCAUGGACUUCUCGCGGAGGCUGCGGGAGCUGGCCGGCAACCCCUCGGGGUCGUCGCCGCCCCUCUCGCCAAACCGGCCCAGCCCUAUGCAACGGCUGCUGCAACCAUUCCAGCCGGGAUCCAAGCCUCCGUUCCUGGCCACGCCCCCCCUCCCCGCCACGGAGUCCCCCUCCGGCUCUCAGUCCACUCCCAACCAGCAGCAGCAGCAGCAGCAGACCACGCCUUUGAAGACCAAGUCUUGUGAGUUCUGCGGGAAGUCCUUCAAGUUCCAGAGCAACCUGAUCGUGCACCGGCGCAGCCACACCGGCGAGAAGCCCUACAAGUGCCACCUGUGCGACCACGCCUGCACCCAGGCCAGCAAGCUGAAGCGCCACAUGAAGACCCACCUGCACAAGUCCUCGCCCAUGACCGUCAAGUCCGACGACGGCCUCUCCACCGCCAGCUCGCCCGAGCCUGGCACCAGUGACCUGGUGGGCAGCGCCACCAACGCCCUCAAGUCGGUGGUGGCCAAGUUCAAGAGCGAGAACAACUGCGUGAUCCCCGAGAACGGCGAGGAUGAGGAAGAGGAGGAGGAGGAAGAAGAGGAGGAGGAGGAGGAAGAGGAGGAGGAAGAAGAGGAAGAGGGGGAAGAGGAAGAGCUGGAGAGCGAGGGUGGCAGGAACAACUACCACUUCAGCCUGAGCCUGGAGGCCGCCCGGCACCACGAGAACAAUGGCGGGCGGCUCGGGGUGGGUGAGGACGGGGUGCCCCGCUCCCUGCCUGAGGGCAUGCAAGGCAUGGCUCUGGCCGCCAGCAUGCAGCACUACAGCGAGGCCUUCAGCCAGCACAAGCGGGGCGCACUCAACUCCGACAGCGAGGUGCCCCGGGACAUGUGCGACGACGACUCGCAGUCGGACCGCGCCGAAGAGGGCUGCGGGUCCGCCAUCAACGGCCGGGGCUCCUCCCCCAGCGAGGCGGCCUCCGUGGGCUUGUCCAAGAAGCUGCUCCUGGGGAGCCCCAGCUCACUCAGCCCCUUCUCCAAACGCAUAAAGAUGGAGAAGGACUUCGACCUCCCCACCCCCACCAUCCCCAACACAGACAACGUAUACUCCCAGUGGCUGGCGGGCUACGCUGCCUCCAGGCAGCUCAAGGACCCCUUCCUGAACUUCGGGGACUCCAGACAAUCACCGUUCGCCUCGUCCUCGGAACACUCCUCGGAGAACGGCAGCCUGCGCUUCUCCACGCCCCCCGGCGAGCUGGACGGGGGCGUGUCGGGGCGCAGCGGCACGGGCAGCGGGGGCAGCACGCCGCACCUCGGGGGGCGGCCCAGCUCCAAGGACGGCCGCCGCAGCGACACCUGCGAGUUCUGCGGCAAGAUCUUCAAGAACUGCAGCAACCUGACGGUGCACCGGCGCAGCCACACGGGAGAGCGCCCCUACAAGUGCGAGCUGUGCAACUACGCCUGCGCCCAGAGCAGCAAACUCACCCGGCACAUGAAAACGCACGGCCAGAUGGGAAAGGACGUUUACAAAUGUGAAAUCUGUCAGAUGCCUUUUAGCGUGUACAGCACCCUGGAGAAACACAUGAAAAAAUGGCACAGCGACCGCGCCUUGAGUAACGACAUUAAAACAGAGUAAGGGGGGGGGGGGGGGGGGGGGGG